AAAAGCUUCCGUACUGUGAGUCACAUGAGCGGUUUGUUGUGGUCGUGUCGUGACUGAACACCUUCGAAGCAUGUAGCUUGAAAACUGUAGUACUGGCGUGACAUUUCUCAGCUUUGGCUAAAUUAUCUGGCCAACAAACCGAAGCGUAACCUGCCGACGUCUCCUCACAACGAGCUACAGCGAAACAGGCGAGAGGGUGUUUCUGUGUCCAGCUGACGACCUAACGUCCAGAGCCUGUAACGUUAGCUGGCUGCUUUAUUGUGCUUUCACAUUUGGGUUCAUGACCAGAGAAGUGUCUGGAUAAACUGUCUCUACUCUGUUUGACCUGCUGGCGUUAGUUAGUUGCUGAAACAUUACGCCAUGCUCCGGUGGAUUCUUGGUGGUCGGGAAGCUCAGAGUUCAGCGGAGAAAAGCCCUGUGUUGUGCAUUGGAGAGGAACAACCCAAAAACUGCUUCACUGAGCUGCAGGUGCUGAAAGGACAUUUUGACAUUGUUCGAUUUCUGGUGCAGAUUGAUGACUUCAGAUGUGCCUCAGCAGGGGAUGAUGGCCUUGUUUUGGUGUGGAAUAUAGAGACUGGGGAGAGGCUACUGGAGCUGAGGGGCCAUUCCCAGCAGAUAACAGCCAUAACCACCAUCACCUGUAAAAAUGAAGUCACAUCGCACACCUCGCUCAUCACCGCCUCCUCAGACCGAAGUCUCAGCCUGUGGGACCCUGAUACAGGCAACCGGGUUCAGACCAUUUCAGAUCUUCAUUCUUCUGUAAAGUGUUUGCUGGUGCUCGAGCGACUGUGUGUGUGGCUCUCUGGUGGGGAAGAACUGUGUGUGUGGAGCAGAGACUUUCAGCUGCAGUGCCAGAGACCCAGCCGCAGUGACACCGGAAUUACUGCUUUGAUCGAACUGCCGAAGAACUACAUAGCAGCUGCCAUGGAUAAAAAAAUAAUGAUUUACAGCUUGACAGUUUCUCCUGAUUCGUCUGUGUCAGUGGCUGAGAUCCGCUGCCUGUCCGACCACCAGGAUCAGAUCCGAGCUCUUAUUAACAUCAAUGACAGGGUUUUCGCCAGCGGCUCCCAUGCGGGCGAAUUGAUCUUAUGGGAUGCGAUUGAGUGGACCAUCCUGGCCUAUGUGCACAUUCUCUGGGAGGAGUCACAAGCCUGCACUCAGACUGAAAUACGAAUGGCUGCUCCUAAACCCAGCGAGAUGUCCAUCCAGCAUCUGACCACCAAUGGAAAGCUCAUCCUCGCAGCUGUGGGCAGUGGCCUCUACGUCUACAGUGUUCAGACCAAAAGCGUGGUGGCCUACAGGAAGGUUGCCCAUGAUUCUAAUGUGUUACACACCAUGCUGCUGUCUGACAGUGAGCUGAUGUCCUGCUCUGAGGACGGCAGUGUGAGGAUGUGGGAGAUCCAAGACUUGCCUUUGCCGGCUGAACCAGCUUCUUCAGGGUUCUUUGGGAUGUGGAGUUUUGGCCGUUCAAACAAACAGUCCGGCCCUCCUUCAAAGAAGGUUAUUGACAUCCCCAACAUCAGGAUGCUGGAAUUGACGGGAGAUCUGAUUGGACACUCAGGAGCAGUCCAGAUGUUCGUGAACUUCAAGGAGAAAGGUUUGGUCACAUGCUCGGCAGACCACCUGCUGAUUCUGUGGAAGGACGGGGAAAGGCAGACCCAUCUCCGCAGCCUGGCCCUUUUCAAAAAACUGGAGGAGAGGGGAGAACUUUGACCCCUUAUGUCACUGCCUUUAGAAAAAGAAGAGGUGGGAAGCUGUUGCUCGAUGGUGUUCACAAAUGAUUUUAAUAUUAAUUUAAUGGCCUGUGUUUACAUUUGAUCACUUUGCCUUUUGACUGAAGACAAGUAUUUACCUAAGAUUGUAUAAACUGUAAAUCAUCUCUCAAACAAAAUAUACUUGUUUCCGCACUGGGAUGUUUGAGCACUGUGAUGCAGACGUAAGUCAUUUUGUAACAAACAGGGUCUGUUAUGGUUUUACACUAGUGUAGUAUGAUUCAUAGUUCCUGUGCAGGCUCAGCAGGUUUAUAUGUCUGUAUAGGUGCCUUUUCAUGUCUGUUGUGUCAGUCUGCUUCCAUCUGCCAAAAAAACUCCACUGUUGUGAUCCUCCAGUUGUGCUGUGAGAGGAAGGUUUGGCAGCGUAUGCAUGUAAUAAUUUGCAGUGUUGUUUUUUUAAAAAAAUAUUUUCUGUCAA